UUUGCAGUGUUCUGACCCUCAGCAUUCCAAACUGUAUAUUGGAGCAAAGCGGACUGCCAAUCCUCCCCACAUCUUUGCUGUGGCUGACAUUGUAUACCAAUCCAUGGUAACAUACAGCUUGGAUCAGUGUAUUGUCAUUUCUGGGGAAAGUGGAGCUGGCAAGACGCAGAGUGCCCACCUCCUGGUUCAGCAGCUCACGGUCUUGGGAAAGGCUAAUAAUAGGACUCUCCAGGAGAAGAUACUCCAAGUGAACAAUCUUGUAGAGGCAUUUGGAAAUGCAGGCACUAUUAUCAAUGAUAACUCCAGCAGAUUUGGAAAGUACUUGGAAAUGAAAUUCACUUGUGGAGGAACUGUAGUAGGAGCUCAAAUUUCAGAAUACCUCCUUGAAAAAUCCAGAGUUGUCCAUCAGGCUGUGGGAGAGAGAAAUUUCCAUAUUUUUUAUUACAUUUAUGCUGGUUUAGCAGAAAAGAAAAAACUGGCACAUUAUAAACUGCCAGAGUAUAAACCACCCAGGUAUUUGCAAAAUGAACAUCUCCGAACAGCUCAAGAUUUUAUGAACAAUAAUUUCUAUAAGUCUCAGUUUGAAUUAAUUGAGCAGUGCUUCAAAGUCAUAGGUUUUACCAUGGAGGAACUUGGCAGUGUGUACAGUAUUCUUGCUGCAAUUUUAAAUGUGGGGAACAUUGAGUUUUCUUCAGUGGUAUCUGAGCACAUGAUUGACAAGAGCAAUAUUUCCAAUCCAGUCGCACUUGAGAAUUGUGCUUCCUUGCUGUGCAUUCAGUCAGAUGAACUGCAAGAAGCUCUCACCUCCUACUGUGUGGUGACUCGAGGGGAAACCAUUAUCCGUCCCAAUACCGUGGAAAAAGCUAUUGAUGUCAGAGAUGCCAUGGCCAAAGCAUUAUAUGGGCGUCUCUUUAGUUGGAUAGUCAAUCGCAUCAAUACUUUACUCAAGCCAGACAAACUUUUAAGCGAAAAUGAUGAUGGGUUGAACAUUGGGAUUCUUGAUAUCUUUGGCUUUGAAAAUUUCAAAAAAAAUUCUUUCGAACAACUGUGUAUCAACAUUGCCAAUGAACAGAUUCAGUUCUACUUCAAUCAACAUGUAUUUGCCUGGGAACAGAAUGAAUACCUAUAUGAAGGUGUUGAUGCAAGAGUUAUAGAGUAUGAGGAUAACCGGCCUCUCUUAGAUAUGUUCCUCCAGAAACCAAUGGGUUUAUUGUCUCUCCUUGAUGAGGAAAGUCGAUUCCCGCGAGCAACUGAUCAGACGCUUGUAGAAAAAUUUGAAGAUAACUUGAAGUCAAAAUACUUUUGGAGACCCAAAAGAGUAGACCUAACCUUUGGGAUUUACCAUUAUGCAGGAAAGGUUCUUUAUAAUGCAAGUGGAUUCUUAGCCAAAAACAGAAAUACCUUACCAGCUGACAUUGUGCUGCUGUUGCGGUCAUCAGAAAACAAUCUGACUCGACAGCUGGUAACCCAUCCUCUUACCAAAACAGGUAACCUGGCACAUACCAAAAGCAAAAGUGCAAUAAACUACCAGAUGUGGACCCCCCAAAAAUCAAUCAGUCAUACUAAGCUGGAUAUCUUUGUGUUGUGCAAUUCGUAUUCCUUCCGUGAGAAUGAAACUGAAGAUAUUACACCUCAUCCAAGAGAGACGACUGGUAUGAAAACACAGACAGUCGCUUCUUAUUUUAGAUAUUCUCUGAUGGAUUUAUUAUCCAAGAUGGUGGUUGGCCAGCCUCAUUUUGUCCGUUGCAUCAAGCCAAACAAUGAUCGGCAGGCACACAAGUAUGACAAAGAGAAGGUACUGGUACAGCUACGCUAUACGGGAAUUCUGGAGACAGCAAGAAUUCGGAGACAGGGUUAUUCACAUCGCAUAUUGUUUGCUAACUUCAUAAAACGAUAUUACCUCAUCUGUUACAAAACAAAUGAUGAUCCUCCAGUCAGCCCUGAAACUUGUGCUGCUAUCUUAGAAAAAGCCCGCCUUGACAACUGGGUUCUCGGAAAAACCAAAGUGUUCCUUAAAUACUAUCAUGUGGAGCAGUUGAAUUUAAUGAGAAAGGAGACGGUUGACAGGAUUGUUUUGAUUCAGGCCUAUGUCAGAGGGUGGCUGGGUUCAAAGAGAUACAAAAAAUUAAAGGAGAAAAGGGAAGAAAGUGCUAUUAAAAUACAGUCAGUUUACAGAGGCUUUGUUGCUCGUAAAGAAUAUGAAAAAGGAAAAAAUAAAUACAAAAUGGAAACAUUUAUUACCAGACUUCAAGCAGUUGCAAGAGGAUACUUAAUCAGAAAGAAAAGGAAAAAAAUAACAGAUGCAUCGAACAAAGCAGCGACAACAAUUCAAUCUCACUACAGGGGAUAUAGGGAGAGGAAAAGCUUCAAAAAGAAAAGGGAAACACUUCUGAAGAAGGAACAAACUAAAAAUGCAGUCUCCUUUAUUGAAAAAGAAGAAGAUGAGCAACCUCAAGACAACAAAGAAAACCCAGCUGUGAUGACAAACUCUCCUUCUCCAGCUGAAGAGGAAGCUGCUGUUAUUGUCCAGAAUAACUACAGAGGCUCCAGAGAGCGUAAAAAAAUAAAGGAGCAACACAGAAAACUAGCAGAUCAAGUGUCUUCUCCAGUGGAAAACUUGAAACCAGAAGCAAAGUCAGCUCAAAAUGUAGCGCAGGAAGCUGAGGCUGAAACAAACAGAAAAGGUAAGGCAGCUGUUUUCAGUCAGAGCAGCUACCGAGGACACCCAGAGAGACAGAACCUAGAGGAAAAAAGGAAAAUGUCUCCAAGAAGAGAGAGUGCUUCUAUGAAACAAAACCCUCCAGGGCAGCAUCCAAAGGAAGGCAAAACACAGGCCUCUUUGAAGCAGUCAUCUAAAAAAAUGACAGAACGAGGCCUCCGAGAUCUGACUCAUCAGGAAACAAUCAGCAUAGAUGAGCAAAACCAGCUGUCUCUUGUUCAGAAUAAGUAUGACAGUCACUUGGAGAGAAAACAUCUGACACAGGAAGGGAUAAUACCUGGUGAAAAUAAAGGAAAUAGAAGGAAAGACUCAGUAAGAGGCUCACAGAAGCAAGCUGAGCCAGAAAAACAAGGUUCAGAAGACAAAGACAAGGCAGCAGUGGUAAUUCAGAGUAAUUAUCGAGGUUACAGAAGAAGGGGGCAACUCAGAAAAGAAGGGAAAUUACCUUCUAAAAGUCAAGAGAGAGCUAGUGGAGAGCCAACUGAAGUAGCACAUAUUCAAAAUAAUGAUUCCAAGGCAACAAAAGAUAGAGAAAGGUCUGUUACUCAGGCCGAGGGCCAUGAGAAUCUAAAGGAUGGCUCAGCAAAAGAGGCUUGUGAUUUGGCAGCCUUUUCAAGACAGAUAUCAAAAUUGUCUGAAGACUAUUUGGCACUGCAGCAAAAGUUGAAUGAAAUGAUUUUGUCGCAUCAGCUGAGGCCUGUGAUGCUGUCCAAAGAUAAACAAACAAAUGGCCGACUUUCUCCUCAUGUGUGUCAAUCAGUUGCCACCAAAUCAGAGGACUUUCAUCCCCUACAGCGACCCCCAAGGAGACAGCGGAAACCCAAAACUUUAAAUAACCCUGAAGACUCCACAUACUAUACUCUAAUACAUCAAUCAAUCCAAGAAGAAAAACGGAAACCAAGAAAAAACAGUCUGGGCAAAGUGCUGGAUUUAGAAGAUUUCUAUUACCAAGAAAUUUCAUCAAGUGAUUCCAUCUCAAAUGAUAGUAAUUCUAGCACAAGAAAAAAGAGGCCACCAGUGGAGCUCAGAGAUUCAUCUUUAACUAUUACUGAAGGGUCAAGAGUUGCAGAGAGCCCCCUGGACGAGAAGAAAACUGAAGAUAACCCCUAUGACUACAGAAAACUGCUGCGGAAAACCUCUCAGCGCCGGCGCCUUAUCCAGCAGUUUUAGCUGUUGCUGCCAUUUGGCUUUUAUUAGCAUAAUUUUUUUUAUGAUUUUGUACUGUAUGCUUUUUUUUGGUAUUGUUAUCUCUAAUAUUUCAGGUUUACAGUGAAUAUGCAUUAUUGUAGUUUAUAGCCCAACACUAUUUUAAAAGGACACUGUCAGGUUACAAAUUGUAAAUUUAAAAAGAAUCUUGCUGAUGUUACUUCUUAAUAUAUUUUAGAUUACUAAAAUUGAAAUAAUUUUUAAAAACAAAUGUACUUACUGUAUAUUGUUUUCCUUUUUACAUUUCUCUCAUCUUAUACAAAAUAGACUAGUCAGUUUCUCUUUUGUUUAUAGUCAUUUCCUAGUCAACUGAGUUUUCAGGUUCCCAUGCACUAGCACAAUGCUAGCACACCAGCACAAAACGAUUUUUUUUAAAUAAAUUACUUCACUGGAUUUUUCUAAGAAUUCCAAAGAAGAAUUUCUUUUGGUUUUAAGUCUACAAUACCUAAAUUUUGGGCCACAUCUGCAUGUGACAAGUGUCCCUUUAAUACAAAUGAAUGUAAAUUUUUGUUUGGUAGUAUAUUAUAUAUCAAUUUAUUUUCUUAUUGACUUUAACUACAGUAAAGCUACUGAGGGAAGGUGUUUAAAGGACAGUAUAGGAUGUAUAUUCUUUACCUUGGAAAUGUUUAUAUACAGGGAAAUAAAUCUUGUUUGCUUUGUUCUCCUUUUGAAAUUUGCAUUGGAUUUUUAGGACUCUUAAUCUCAGAGAAACUGAGAAGUGGCUAGGAAAAUGUGGAUUGGUCUGUUGCUGCCUAAAAUGCAAAAAUCAUUCUUAAUUCCACCAGAAGUGUAUUGGGUACAAAGUAGCCACCAGUUUUUUCAAAAUUUCACCCAAAUUCCUAUUUUUAAAGAAAUUAUUUUAGAGAAAGGAUGUAGAUAACUGGAACAUUCACAUGUGUGAUUGACAGUGAUUAACAGUUGCAUGUUCUGAGCUGCCAGGCAAGAAUGGCAGAUUUUACCAGGCCAAUAUUCUGAGCAGUGUAAGAGAUGAAUCCUGCUCCCUUACUCAGGCCAGGUGUCUUAUUGCAGUGAUUACUGGUGGGAGUAAAACCAGCAGGGCAGAGCUCUGCACAAACUAUCUUUAGACACUUCUGGCACUCUAAUUUAGCUCUCUUUCCAUAGACAUGUAAUUGAUGCUUCGUAUUUUUACAGUAGUUAAAAGAUUAAAAGCCAUGUUUAAAUUGCUGCAGUGUACAAUGUGCUAGAAAACAUUGGGUUUGAUUUUUAAAGUCCUCUUAAAAUUGCUCUCCCCAUUAUUACAAUG